AUGGAUCCAGAUGGGUUGAACGAUGCCUUGGGCUUGUCGGAUGACAAGUCUCAGAAUUUGGGUGCGUACAUCUACCAACCCCCAAAACACGGGAAAGCAGGCGAACGACCCUCAAAACGCCGUAAGGUUUCAGUGUCCGGUAAUGAACCGGCACAGAUAGACAGGCAGCGAUUCGUGCCCCUUCUGAACGGAGACGAGAAUGCCCAAUCCGUCAAACUGCGACACGAUUCCUAUCAACAGCUAUGGUCAGAGCAGGAACACAAGAUCCAGGCUAUUCUCGAAGACGUUGAUGCUGGUGUUUUGACCGAGGUAUCGUCCUUUGUCAGAGAAACCUCAUCACAAACAUGCAAUGGCUGUAUUCCGACAGCUCUUGUAACAGUCGGUUCCAAUGUCUCCUCGCUCAGCAGACUACUAUCACGACUCAAUGAACAAUUGAUAUCGACCGAGGAAGGCAGCGUGGUGGUGUUGGAAUCAGGCGAUGCUCCCAAUUUGAAAACGACCUUGAAGAACAUCAUCCGAGCCACUAUCACGAACACAGAUGGCAAUGAUGGCUACCAGCGUUUUCUCACAGAUCGUUCUGGACCUCGACUUCUUGGUUACGAUCUGGACCUUCUUCACGACUACGUGCAAAGAAAGGGAACUAAAAAGCUGGUAUUAGCUCUGCGUGACAGCGAAGCUUUUGAUACGGGCUUAUUAACCGAUCUCUUGUCUUUAUUCAAAUCUUGGAUUGACCGCAUACCAUUCACUAUUCUGCUGGGUAUUUCUACGUCCGUAGAGCUGUUUGAAGGUCGAUUGCCUCGAUCGUGUGUUGCUCUUCUUCAAGGAAAACAUUUCGAGGUUCAGGAGGCUGGCAACUGUGUCGACCGCAUUUAUGAGUCUCUUCAAACUGCUUCUAGCACCCAACUCUGGCUGGGGCGCAACAUCACUAGUACACUGUUUGAAAUUACCAGUGACUAUUUCCAAAGUCCGGAGGCCUUCAGCCGCAUGGUCAAGUAUGCGUACAUGUCUCACUUCUUUGCAAACCCCCUGGCAGUGUUAUUUGCCAAGCCAGUUCCAAUUGCUCUUCUUUCUCAAAGGAAGCUCUGUGAGGUGAUCAGGAACCUGCCAUCCUUCCGGAUAUUCUGCGAGGAUCUAGUUGAAGAAGGGUCCACUAAGCAAGUCCGAGACAUGCUAGAAAACGACGGUUAUCUCCUCAAAGAGACGAUCAGAUGCCUUGAUGCUGGACAGCAAAAAAUGCGAAGCAUUUUCCAGGCAGUCCUUGCUGUACAUGUCUGUCUACAAUACACGCAAAAUACGGGAAAGGCUACUGUCUCUGACCUUUCCGUUCGCGCGCUCUCUGGCGAGUUGGCUGAUUCCACUCUCGUGGAUGAUAUGAUAGCUAUGAUGAAGGCGUUAGACUCUAAUAAGCUGGAUGAGCUCAUUGGCCGCCUGCAAGAUAUUCUGUAUAAUGAGCAGCUGGGGGCAAUUAAAGCAAACCUCAAACUCUUGCUGGAAACAUGUCCGGAAUCUGGGUCUUUGCGCAGUGGAUAUAACAUCAACUCUACCGUCACAACUACUACAGUUGUUCAAUCACGGGUCCAGCUCAGCAAAGGCAAGGCUGAGUUGUCUGAGCAAGACGUUGAGUACACCAAAAUCAUCGACCAACUGCUUGUCUUCUUGCAAGACUAUCUUGCGGAGACUCUCAUCAGACCACAAGACAUGUUCCUUCAUGAAGCUUUCUUGUUUGAUCUACGGAACCCGUUGAAAGAGACAUUCGCACCUCGUCCACGUUUUGCAAUUGAGCGUGCGCUAGCUACUCCGUUUGAUUACUUACUUUCUUCCUCGGAUGCUACUGCGACGAAAAUCUCAGCCAAGCAACCUGCUACAGCGAUUUUGUAUCAGCUGUACCUUGAAUCAGGUGCUUUGGUCAACGUCCACGAUCUUUGGCGGGCUUUUAGCGGUGUUUUCGAGAAUGAAGAGGGUGACAGCUGCGAUGAUCGUGUCGUGAUGUCUUUGUUCUAUAGCGCUCUCUCGGAACUGAAGACGUUUGGUGUGAUUAAGAACAGCCGCAAGAAGACUGAUCACCUGGCCAAAUCAGCAUGGAUGGGAUUAUAG